GUUUGUGUCAAACACCAUAAACCAUACAUAAACCAUAUCUUCUUUGCCACUCAACAUUUUUCAUCAAACAUAAAGAUUGAGGAACACAACAAAAUUUAAGGAAAACUAAGCUACAUAAUUUUCCACCACACACAGUAAAGUGUUAGCUUGAACAAGUCAUGGGUUGCUGUGGGUGUGUGAGUUUGGCAUGGGUGAUGUUAGUGGUGCUGUUGGGUUUGGCUUCAGAGAGUUGUUAUGGUUUGGACACAUUUGGGUUUGACAUACACCACAGGCUCUCGGAUCCGGUUAAGGGGAUUCUGGGCAUUGUUGAUGAUCUUCCUCAGAAGGGAACUCCUCAAUACUAUGCUGCUAUGACCCACAGAGAUCGCAUAUUCCGGGGCCGGAGACUCGCCGCCGAUCCUCUUACGCCGCUCACUUUCGCCGCCGGCAAUGACACUUACCGGAUUCCCGCCUUUGGAUUUUUGCAUUUUGCAAAUGUUUCGGUUGGGACACCACCUUUAUGGUUUCUGGUGGCGUUGGAUACCGGCAGUGACUUGUUUUGGUUACCUUGUAAUUGUACCAGGUGUGUGCCCGAUUUGAUAUCAAGAGGAAAGAUAAUUAAACUUAAUACCUAUAAUCUUGAUAAGUCAUCGACAAGCAACAUAGUUCCAUGCACCAAUAGCAGCUAUUGUACACAGAAACAACAGUGUCCUUCACCUGGCAGCAGCUGUCGAUAUAGAGUUGACUAUCUUUCAAACGAUACUUCAUCUAGGGGAAUCUUGGUAGAGGACGUGUUGCACUUAAUCACAGAUGAUGAUAUAGCAGAUGCUGCUGACACAAGAAUUAUUUUUGGUUGUGGCCAAGUUCAAACUGGUGCGUUUAAAAACGGGGGAACUCCAAAUGGCCUAUUUGGACUUGGAAUGGAUAAUAGAUCCAUUCAUAGCAUCCUAGCCAAAGAAGGGCUCAUCUCAAAUUCCUUUUCAAUGUGUUUUGGAUCUGAUGGUGUUGGAAGAAUCACGUUUGGUGAUACUGGCAAGACAGACCAAAAAAAAACACCAUUCAACCUUGACAAAUUGCAUCCAACUUAUAACAUCAGCAUAACCCAAAUUUUUGUGGAAGAUCUUGUUGCUGAUGUUGAAUUUCAUGAAAUAUUUGAAUCUGGUACCUCGUUUACAUACAUAAGUGAUCCAGCUUAUACACGACUUGGUGAGAUGUUCAAUUCACGGAUCAAAGCAAAUCGGCAUUCAUUUCAAUCAACUGAAUCUGUUGUCCCUUUUGAGUACUGUUAUAACAUAAGUCUAAAUCAGACAGUCUCAGUUCCUUCUGUGAAUCUAACGAUGAAAGGUGGAGAUGAUUAUUAUGUCACGGAUCCCAUAGUAAUAAUUCUUAGUGAGAAGGAAGGAAACUUUCUUUGUUUGGGAAUCCAAAAGAGCAACAGCAUCAAUAUCAUUGGACAGAACUUCAUGACUGGUUACAACAUAGUUUUCGAUCGUGAGAACAUGAAUCUUGGAUGGAAAGAAACUAAUUGUUAUGAUGAUGUGCUCUCAAAUACACCACCAAUUAACCCAUCGUCUUCUCCUGCUGUUUCCCCUGCGGUCCCUCCUGCAACCGCUGUCAAUCCCGUGGCUACAUCCAGUCCCUCUAUUAAACCACCUAAUCCAUCAUUCAUCAUUAAACCUACUUUUACAUUUAUUUUCCUCCUAUUUCCACUUUUAGCCAUUUUUUGACCAAUCAAGUGUUCUUCAAAAUAGUAGCUUUUUUCCAUUUUAGUUUACCACACCAGAACCAUUUUUGCUUUCCUUUUUUCCAAUUAUAAUGGUCUUUGAUGGGCUUGUAUAUAAGAACCCAGUAUAGAUGUAAACUUGGGAAAAUUCAGUCAUACGUUACUACAUAUACUUGAUCUAGUGGAU